AUGGAGAAUGGAAUUUUUUUAGUUCGUUUCAGGAAUCUAGAAGGCAGAGAUAAGGCGUUAAUGGCAGGACCCAUUUUCUUUGAUAGAAAACCCCUAAUUGUAAGAAAAUGGGAAGCUGGCCUGAAUUUGCAGAAGGAAGACAUUCAUGAGGUUCCAGUCUGGGUUCGUUUACCUGGUUUGGACCUCAAGUUUUGGGGCCAAUCAGCGUUGAUGAAGAUUGCUGGAAUUUUGGGUAAACCGAUCAAGACUGACAAGGCUACUGCCACAAAAGAACUUAUUAGCUAUGCCCGAGUUAUGGUGGAAGUAAAUAUGAAGGAUGAGCUGUUGGAGGAUAUUGAAUUUCUUGAUGAAAAAGGAGAAGUGGUAACCCAGAAAAUCGUAUAUGAGUGGAAGUCGAUCAAGUGCAAUGUUUGCACUGGUAUGGGUCAUUCAGGUGAUCAAUGUCCAAAUCUUAGGGCCGAGAUAAAUAGAAGACAAGAUAGAAAAGAGAACACUGCUCAUAGGGCACAGAAAGUUUGGAAACCUAUUCAGAAAAACCAGGAUGGGAAAGGUGUUCAGGUAAUCCCUAUAGAAGUGAUGGGCAGAAGGAAAAAUUCAGGAAAAAAACAGAACCCUACUAUUUCUACAGGAAAUAGGUUUAGCAGCCUUGAAAGGAAGGAUGCAGGAGAGGAUAAUGAAGAGAGGACAAGAAGGAAUGAUCAAGAGGUAUGGAGUACUAUUGGCAGAAAGGGAUCUAAAGUUGCAAGUGGACAGGUGUUGUAUGGUAGAGAGGAAGUUGGGCAAUGCUCUCUAUCUAUCAAUGAAUAA